CACCAGCAGCAUGUGAGAGAGAACACUUUCAUUAGGGGUGUGGAGAGGAUGUCACUUGCAAAGAUCUGCAAUUUCAAUGUGUCCCAGGAUGAUUUCACCUGUGGGGAGGUUGGGCAGGGCACACUUUCCUGGUCAGGGCAUCUCCACCUAAAAGCUGAUCAAACUAGGGACAGGUCAAAUGAUAUUUCCAAGGGUGGUUUGAUGUUUCAAAGGAGAAAAGAUUUUUACACCAGAAUAGAAUGUGAGGAAGAUCCUGGCAGCAGUAAUAUUCGUCAUCAUCAGAGAGUUCGGACUGGAGAAAAGCCUUAUAAAUGUAGUGAAUGUGGGAAAACUCUUAUCAGUAGCAAAGGCUUCCGUUAUCAUCAAAGACUUCACAGAGGAGAGAAGCCUUAUAAGUGCAGUGAAUGUGGGAAAUCUUUUAUCACUAACAAGCUACUUUGUACUCAUCAAAGAGUUCACACUGGAGAAAAGCCUUAUAAAUGUAGUGAAUGUGAAAAGUCUUAUACAAAUAGCAGUAGUCUCCAAUAUCAUCAGCGAGUGCACUCUGGAGAAAGACCUUAUGAGUGCAAUGAAUGUGGAAAAUCUUUUAUCACUCAGCCUCAACUUCAUAGUCAUCAGAGAGUUCAUACAGGAGAGAAGCCUUAUAAAUGCAGUGAAUGUGGGAAAUCUUUUAUCAUUAGCCUUUACCUUCGUCGUCAUCAGAUCGUGCACACAGGAGAAAAGCCUUAUAAAUGUAGUGAAUGUGGAAAAUCGUUUUCAAGGAUGAAUGGUCUCCAAUGUCAUCAGAGAGUUCACACUGGAGAAAAGCCUUAUAAAUGUAGUGAAUGUGGAAAAUCGUUUUCAAGGAUGAAUGGUCUCCAAUGUCAUCAGAGAGUUCACACUGGAGAAAAGCCUUAUAAAUGUAGUGAAUGUGGAAAGUCUUUUACAAGUAGCAGUGGUCUCCAAUACCAUCAGAGAGUGCACACUGGAGAAAGACCUUAUGAGUGCAAUGAAUGUGGAAAAUCUUUUAUCACUCAGUUUGAACUUCAUAAUCAUCAGAGAGUUCAUACUGUAGAAAAGCCUUAUGAAUGCAGUGACUGUGGGAAAUGUUUUUCACAUAGGAUUUUCCUUUGUAGACAUCAGGUAGUUCAUACAGGAGAAAAGCCUUAUAAAUGCAAUGAAUGUGGGAAAUGUUUUGCAAGUAUAUAUCGUCUCCAAUAUCAUCAGAGAGUGCACACUGGAGAAAAGCCUUAUAAAUGUAGUGAAUGCGAAAUGUCUUUUACAAGUCGCUCUGUUCUCCAAUAUCAUCAGAGAGUGCACACUGGAGAAAGUCCUUAUGAGUGCAAUGAAUGUGGAAAAUCUUUUAAAACUAAACCUCAGCUUUAUUAUCAUCAGAGACUUCAUGCAGGAGAAAAGCCUUGUAAAUGCAGUGAAUGUGGGAAAUCUUUUACACGUGGUCGUGGCCUUCGUAAGCAUCAGAGACUUCAUAGAGGUGAAACGCUUUAGAAAUGCAGUGAAUGUGGGAAAUCUUUCAUGGAUCAGUGGUCUCCAUUAUCAUCAGAGAGUUCACACAAGGAGAAAAGCCUUAUCAAUUCAGUGAAUGUGGUAAGUCUUUUACAAGGAGCAUUUCUCUUCAAUAUCAUCAGAGAAUUCACACAGGAGAAAAGCCUUAUAAAUGCAGUGACUGUGGGAAAUCUUUUACCCAGAGCACUGCCCUUCAUUGGCAUCAGAGAGUUCAUUCAAGAGAAAAGCGUUAUAAUUGCAGUGAAUAUGGAAAAUCUUUUGCAAGGAAUGAUACUCUCCAAUAUCAUCAGACAGUGCACACAGGAGAAAAGCCUUAUAAAUGCAGUGAAUGUGGCUUCGUGCUUCCCAUGCCCAGCCCAGAUCAGGACUCAGGUGACCGACAGAGACUUGGUCGACAGCAGAUGCCUUCACUCCAACAAGAUUGUUUGAGUUGUACCCAUGGUGUGGGGAAGUGGGUUUAUGAUAAUCUAAAUCCAGCCUACCACCAGGAAUGCUCAGGACCUACUCAAGAAGGCAAAGAAUCCUUUCCACUAAUAUUUACAGG